AUGGCAGACGCUUCGCAAGCAUGGCACGCAGUCAAACAGGCUGGGCUCGCUGCAGCGCUUCUUGCUGUCACUGUCUUAUUCACGCCAAUGAGUCUCGUUGUUGUCGGCUUGAGAAUCUGGGUUAGAGUGACGCAUCAUUGUUUCGGACUUGAAGAUUGGCUCAUGUGCAUUGGAGCGACUCUCAACUUGGUUCACAAUGGAGUUGUCAUCUGGGGCAGCUUUACCGGGAUUGGGACACCAGACUCUAAGCUCAACACGGCUAUGGUGAUGGAGGGUCUCAAGGCCGUGACCUUCUGGCAGAUCUUCUAUAUCAGCAACUCUAUGUUUAUCAAGAUAUCCAUCUGCGCUCAGCUACUGCGCGUCACGGAUAAUAAGCGAAUAAAGAUGUUUCUCUGGGGCUUGAUAGGUUUGACAGUUCUCAUUACACUGGUAGCAGGAAUUAUCGGCCUUGUCAGGUGCAGACCGCUCAGUGCAUCGUGGGACCCAAGCACAGGAACAUGUAUGGAUCAAGGUAUACUCUCAGUAUUAACCUAUGUUGUUUCGGGGAUCAACAUUGUGGUCGACUGGUCUGUUGCUUUAUUACCAGUGAUCAUUCUGUGGAAUGUUCAGAUGCAUAGGACGUUGAAGAUCAUGGCGAAUGUGGUGAUGGGUAUUGGAGCUCUAGCAUCUAUUGCGACCAUCAUCCGGCUCCCAUACUCGCCAGCAUACUCUCAACCAUCCGACCAGCUCUAUAGCAUCGGGAACAUUAUCCUCUGGACAGUGGUAGAAUGCAGCCUUGGCAUCAUCGCCGGAUCAAUGCCUAUGCUUCGAAAGCUCUUCAAGGCACUAAGAAAAGACGACAGCUCAUACGUCAGAGGGACCGAUGAUAUUAACCUCGUCACUAUUGGCCAAGUUCGUGGGAAGCAUCAUCCGAUUUAUGAUGAGGAUGUUAGAGCUACUGUUGCUGCGGGCGAAGAUCGAGAGAGCGACAGAGAUGAUGAGAGCACAAGGCAGAUAAUUAGGGUUACAAAAGAGUUUGAGCAGAUAUCAGUGAUAGAAAAGCCUCGUUCUCAAUAUUAG